AUGCUCCGAGUCAGGCAGCGCGGGGCAUCUGAGUGGGCCGUUCCUCUGCGAGCAGAGCGCAGCGUCCAGAGGAGGAUGCAGAGAACAGCUGGCCGGCAGGUCAGGUUCCAGUCUGGAGACGAGGGCACAGGGCUCGCCGGGCAAGACCCAGCGAAGGGCGCUGUCACCGGGAACGGGCGGGACCGCACACCCGUGCUGGGACCGGGGCGGUCAGCUCUCCAGGAACUCUGGCGCCAGGGGUGGGAGAAUUCCAGGGAAACAAGCCCCCAGACACCCCCUAAAUUGAGUUUCAUUCUCAUUUUCACCUUCUUUCUUCAGACUGCUUUUAGUACUUUGGCCACAGUGUCCUUCUUUUCACUGCCAGAAAGAUAUUCUGGAGAAAUGUGA